CACCUGGCGCUGUACAGACAGUUGCCGAGCGGCGGAGUCCAGAGCGGGGCUGGCGGAGGCGAAGAGGGGGAGAGAAUGUGACAAGUGGCGGCUCUCACUGUUGCCUUGGGAGGCCUCCCGCACCUGUCUCGUGGCCAGAGGAGAGCUGCUGCUGUCGGAGCCGCCGAGCCAGCAAGGAGCCGCCGCCGCCGCCGCCGCCGCCGCCGUCCUCCUCCUCCUCUUUGGCCGAAAGCCGGAGCGGCGUGCAGAAGAAGGAGAGCAGAAGAAGAAAAAAGAAGAAGAAGAAAAAAAAAGAAGGAGGAGAAGAAGGAAAGAAAAGGGGUUGCAGGAAUAGAGCCAAGGGAGGGGGUUGCCUUUGAUCCAAACGAGAGAGAGAGAGAGAGAGAAGGAGGAAAAGAAAAAGAAAGACAGGAAGGAAGGAAGGAAGGAAGGAAAGAAAGAAAGAAAAGAAAAGAAGGGAAGGGACAUGACUUCUUCAUUCAAGCUGGAUUUUCUGCCAGAGAUGAUGGUCGACAGCCGCCUGUUAGUUUCUGACAGAAUCAACGGCACAGCUAACAAGAUGAAUGGCGCUCUGGAUCAUUCAGACCAACCAGACCCCGAUGCUAUUAAGAUGUUUGUCGGGCAGAUUCCCCGCUCGUGGUCAGAAAAAGAAUUGAAAGAACUUUUUGAGCCUUACGGAGCUGUUUACCAGAUCAACGUUCUCCGAGAUCGGAGUCAGAACCCGCCCCAAAGUAAAGGUUGUUGUUUCAUAACGUUUUAUACCAGAAAAGCGGCACUAGAAGCUCAGAAUGCGCUGCACAAUAUUAAAACUUUACCUGGGAUGCAUCAUCCCAUUCAGAUGAAACCUGCAGAUAGCGAAAAGUCCAACGCUGUGGAAGACAGAAAAUUGUUCAUAGGAAUGGUUUCGAAGAAGUGUAAUGAGAACGAUAUCAGAGUGAUGUUUUCUCCAUUUGGCCAGAUAGAAGAAUGCCGAAUCCUUCGGGGACCAGACGGACUCAGCAGAGUGCACAGCUUCAAUACGGAGUCUAGCCGAGGCUGUGCGUUUGUCACGUUUUCGACAAGGGCAAUGGCACAGAAUGCAAUCAAAGCUAUGCACCAGUCCCAGACCAUGGAGGGCUGUUCUUCACCAAUUGUCGUGAAGUUUGCUGAUACCCAAAAGGACAAAGAGCAAAGACGUUUACAACAGCAAUUGGCACAACAAAUGCAACAGCUCAAUACUGCCACAUGGGGAAACCUUACAGGCCUUGGAGGAUUUACCCCACAGUACCUGGCUAGAUUAGACAUUAAUAUGGAUUUACAGCAUCGGCUCUGGGGACCUUCAUUCCAACACCAGGCAGAAGCAAGAGACUGUAUAAAUCUUCUGCAGCAAGCAACAUCCUCCAGUAACUUGGGUGCCUUCAGUGGCAUUCAACAAAUGGCCGGCAUGAAUGCUUUACAGCUACAAAAUUUGGCAACCUUAGCAGCUGCAGCCGCCGCGGCCCAGUCCUCAGCCAACACCGCCAAUGCGAAUCCACUCUCCACAGCAUCAGGGGCCCUUGGUGCACUCACAAGCCCAGUGGCUGCAUCAACAGCAAAUUCCACAGCUGGGGCAGCAAUGAAUUCUUUGACUUCUCUGGGGACUCUACAAGGACUAGCUGGAGCAACGGUUGGAUUGAAUAAUAUUAAUGCACUAGCAGGUACCGUAAACAUUGCUCAAAUGCUCUCAGGUAUGGCUGCCCUGAAUGGAGGACUCGGUGCAACAGGCUUGACCAAUGGUACAGCUGGCACAAUGGAUGCCCUCACCCAAGCCUACUCAGGAAUACAGCAGUAUGCCGCUGCGGCACUGCCCACGCUAUACAGUCAAAGUUUGCUACAACAACAAAGUGCUGCAGGCAGCCAGAAAGAAGGUCCAGAAGGAGCAAACCUUUUCAUUUAUCAUCUCCCACAAGAGUUUGGAGACCAGGACAUUCUGCAGAUGUUUAUGCCUUUUGGAAAUGUUAUUUCUGCUAAGGUCUUCAUUGACAAACAGACUAAUCUGAGCAAGUGUUUUGGUUUUGUUAGCUAUGACAAUCCUGUCUCGGCACAAGCUGCAAUACAGGCAAUGAACGGCUUUCAAAUUGGCAUGAAACGCCUGAAAGUACAGCUGAAGCGCUCAAAAAAUGACAGCAAACCUUACUGACCGUUCUCCCAGAAGCUUUCUGCUCUUAAUUUAGUUUCCUUAGGGUAAGUCUCUUGAGCAAGCCCACCCUUGCUUGGGGUGGGAUUGAGAAAGAACAUAAGAACAUCUGGCCCGCCACCUCUAAGAGACAGCCAUUUGACAAUCCUGCUUCCAUUUUCCCCACUUGUUUAAGAGAAACUUGGCUAACCUAACCAAAAAAAAAAAAAAAAUUGUGGGAUGACCUACAAGAUUUGAAUUAGCAACUCAGAUUUUUUUUUUUUAUUAUUUUAAUGAGCAUUGAAGGGAAAGCACCCAUCCACAUGCUACAAUCUUAAUAAUUAGAGCUGUCAAAAAAGAAAAAUUGCAACUUGACUUUCUCGGCCCUGGUGUCCUUAACACUUUGGAUGAGGAUAAUGAAAGCAAUCCUGAAUUAUCCGAAUGGCACCAGUUCUGAAAUUGCUUAAUAAAGCUAUGGCCCUUGGCCAAGAAAGUGACUCAUUUAGAACACAACAUUUUUUCCAUUACUUCAGUUUGUUUCUUUCUUCUUAUUAAGAAGCUUUAAUAUUUACCAUUCUUAGGGCUUCAGAUUGACACAUGGUUACAUUAUCCUGUUUAAACACUGGUUGUCUUUAUAUAUUUUACCUAUUUGUGUUUUGUUUUCCUUUUUUUUUUUUUUAAGUUCUUCAGGGUUUUGUUUUGAUUUUUUGUUUUUUGUUUUUUUUGUAAAGAGCAUUAGUAUAAAAAAAAGACAUAGAGAUCUGUUUCUAAAGCUACAGGGUUUAAAAAAUAAAUAAAUAAAAAAGAAUGACAAUACUUGAUGUUUCUUGAAAGAUAAAAAUUUAAUAAUAAUAAUAAUAAUAAUAGAUACAAAAGAAAGCCACAGGCCUGUAAAUUUUAUUUGUAAAAAGCAUUUCUAUUUUUAUACAAAAAUUUUUACUGCCUCAGAAAUAAUGGAAGUUAUUUAUUGCCUAUUGUUAACUUAUUGGAUACCUAAAGACCAGCUCUGUCUGGUAGCUAGAUCAUUUUGAAGUAGUCUCUAGAGUACACGUGCCAAGAAUGGGUGCUUUUUCACCGUUGAACCCUACAUCUUUUAUGGUUCAUAAUUUCUCUCCUCUUGUUUGUAUUUUGUCUUUGUUAACUUGUCCGUUCUUUCCAUUAUCUACUUUAAAAUUUAGUUGUCUUGGGGUUUGUUUGUUUGUUUUUUUGCUCUCACUCUUUCUCUUGAUUCCCUUCAAUCCACUUCUACUCCUCUUGAUGUUACCUCUGUUGAAAUGGGGUCUUGAUUCCUUCCCACCCUUUUCCUUCCCCAAAUGAAAUAAGAAUCCUUUUUUAAAAAAAAAGAAAGAAAGAAACCUCCUUUCUAAUGGAUUCUUUGGGGCUCUUUCAUUGUGGCCGUUGUUGACCAAGUGUACAGUUAAUGCAAAUUGUGUGAAUGGCUGGGACUCUAAUGAUGAAAAAAUUUGCAUUAGUUUUCUCCUGCACCCAUUAAAAUGAUUUUUGUUUCUGCUGCAUAGACUCUCCAUAACUUUUUCCUCUUCCUUGUUUUUCCCUAGACAUCUUCAUGCCCGUUAGUUCAUCGUUUGCCUAGCAUGUCCCUGUGACGUCUUAAAAAAGUUUCAUCGUCCCGUCAUUGUUUCUGAUGUCUUUCUGACCUCACAUCAUAAUUUGGUUCUCCUACUGAUCUUUGAUCUAUAGUUUGAACCUUUGAAAUUUGCAUGUGACCUCAUCUAGCUAUAUGAAUUCUGGGAAGUCAAUGUGAAAAGCAUUGCUGCAUUUAUGCAAGAUCAAAAUUUAUUCGUAGUCAAAUUUAUGAUAGGAGUAUUAACACACAUACACACACACACACACACACACACAACCUGUGGCAAAAUGUUUUGUUUAAAGUUUUCGGUGUUCCUUUUUUCCUUUUUUUCCCCUUUUAUUCUUUUCUUUUUUUCUGUAAAAAAAAAAACAGACUUGAAAGUAUUAGACAAGAGACUGGCAUUCUGGCUGGUCUCUUAAUGACAUAGCAAUAUGUGUCCACAUAGGCACAGAAUGUUGGUUUCUAACAGACUACUUCCGAAAUAGUUUGAAAUGAAGAACUGUCUGAUUUUAAGUCUCUAGAGGUCUGUAAUAGUUUUUACAUUUUUCAGGCAGUGUAAAGUUUUUUGAUAAGGCCAUUUUAGGUGGCUCACUUUCUCAUUAAGAAUAUAUAUAUAUAGAACCACUUUUUGUAGAUUAGUAUAAAAAAAUAUUUACCCUGUUUUAGGGCAAAUGCUACCUAUUUGUCACCUUUUGCUGAACUGAUUCACAAGUUAGACAAUCCAUGAAUUAAUGCACAUGAAAAUUACCUAUAUUUUAUACUGUUUCGAUGUACAGGAGAAAGGUUAUUGUAAGCUAUUGUUUCAUUUGGUGCUUUUGUGAAUUAAGUUGUGGUCUCAUCAUUGGGGGGGUUCCUCAUGGUCUUUAAGUGUUCUGUGUUUAUAAACAACAGGUUUGAAAUUGGUUUUUACUUGAAGAUCAACAACAGAACAAAAAAAAUGAAUUUCAAAAAAUGAAAAAAAAAGUUGUUUGCUUAAAAUUAAAAAAAAAAAGUUUUCAUGUGAAAAAUAAAAACUAUUCCAGACUAAGUUUGUGUUGGCUUCUGUGAGGCAUUGAUGUCGAUUUUUUUAAAAUUAUUAUUGUGGACAAUUUCGAUGUGUUUGUGUUCAGCAAAAUGUGAUUCAGUUUUCCUUUUAAAUAAAUAAUAAGAACUCAGUGGGGGGGGAAAAAAUUAGUGCCAAAUUCCAAAGGUACUUCUCUUCCUAGAGCUUCAGUGUGUUUCUUGUGUGAAGUAAUUUGAUAACAUGGGUAUUUUAUUAUGUGUUUUGUAUAAAUCCCUAAUAUUUAAAGGAAAAAAAGAGGUUAAAAAGUUUGUUAACUUGCUAUCCUGUGGUCUUGUUGCCUGAAAUUGUUGUUGUUUGUUAUUUCUCUUGGAUGUUUUUUGUAAAACAUUGUAUAAGUGCCCAUGUUUCCCUUUUCUAACCAUUCUGCGCAUCAAUGCUGUGAAUGCAAACCUCACAAUGUAAUUUCCUCAUAAUGUAUGGAAACCUCUAAGGUGAGAAAGUUUUGAACUUUUAACCCUUUCCACCCAGAGCUGUCUUGAGAGUUAAUACUUUUAUACAUUCACCAUUUUGCUCUUUAUUUUUAUAUACACAUUAUACACACACACACACACACAUAUUUGUGCGUGUAUAUUCAUACACAAAUAUGUACACACACACAUGCAUACACAUACACAUAUACACAUACACACCUAAUUUUUUUGUGCUUUAUUUAAUACAUGGUUGAAAUCAGAAAAAUGCACAGAGCAGAUCUGAAGGACGAAAAAAAAUAUUUUACUGCUGUCUAAAGUUCUUCUGUAUCUAUAACUAAAAAAAAUAUUUAGAAAUUGUAGAGCUCCUUUGUUUUGUUUUGUUUUUUAAAAUCUUUUCUUAAAAAGAGCUUUUAAUAUGCUGCUGGUAUAUGAUAUUCUGUAUUUAAAAAGUAAAAAUAAUUCUUUAAUUAUGUAUUGUGUAACCACUCCUAGAUAGGAGAAUUGAACCCACAAUUUGAAAUCAUUCAAAAAAUAUUUUUAUAAUAAAAUUAAAUGAAUUUUUGAUUAAAUCCAGCGCACUAGAACUUCCUGGAUGAAAUUUUCUUGUGCACUGCAGUUAAACUCCUUUUUAUGGAUGAGGUUUACACACGUCUAAAUGCUCUGAUGUGCUAGCUGCCAUAUUUGUACUAUGUCGGUCCAGAUGCAAUAGAUACAAAGUAGAUAUAGCGGUAUCUUUUGUUAGCAGGAUCCAUUCCUGUUAGCUGAUGAACAUGCAGGCUUCUGACUUGUAGCAAAUCCUCAAAAAGGCAGAAGCAAAAGAUGGCUCUGUAGUUCCUCAACCUGAGAGCAAAUUACAGUAGCCCAAAAUCUGUUUUUGUGAACGUAGGUCUUUAGAGCUUCUGGAUGGAUGCAAGCUAUUGAUGCUCUGAGAAGCAAUUGCAUGUAUGGUGGUUUACACGUAGGGUCUCCUCUGAUGUGAGAUUGGCCUUGCUGCCCAUGAAGUUAUGGGGCUGCUGCAAGUCUUGGGAAGCUGAUGAACAGCUGGGCUCCCAUUCCAGAGAAGAACAUAAAGAUUGCUUUUCAGCAGUUCCUCUGGAGCUGUGGAACAGAUGGGUUACCUGCUUGCAGGACUCUCCAUCUUUUUCCUGUCUCCCAAUCUGGAGAUUUUCCACACGGUCCCUUCAAUCAAAACAUCACGGGACCUUGUCACCAUUCCCUUCUCUUCCCUAGCCCUCUCUUCAUAGCAGCUUCUCUUAGUAAAACCCAGUUGUUCUUUUCAAAGCUUUCCUUUUCCUACAUAGUAAAAAGAAAUCUUAGUAAGACACAGCCCAGGAAGAGAGCAAAAUGAUGCGUCUUGUUGCUGUUUUUAGUAUUUUUCCAUUAAGCAUUGCUAGUCAUCAUCUAGCCCCAUCUCAACCAUGUGCACAGAUCAAAAACCCAGAGUUUCAGAGGUGUUGUCUCAACCCAACACAUUCUAAUGUACACUUUAAAACCAGAACCCCCAUGAAGUAAGUAGCAGGUAUCAACCCAUACUCCUGAUUUGCUUCUCCUCUCCCCUUCCCACCCCACAUGCGCCCCUUUUUUCUUUGUUUCAUUCAGUCUACGGAGCUGGCCGUGUAAUGUUCUUUAGCUGUUGUGAGGACAAUUUGUUUUCUCUGAGCAUUUUGGAGACAUGCCACCCUUGGUUCUGAACAUCAGUGGCAUUCUUAAAUGCAACAGGAAGCAUUGCUAAAUCAGAGCUUCCUAUAUUUCAGAAUGUACUUUAAAAAAACAAUUCAGCAAAGCCAAUGUGUUUGCUGCAGUUGUAUUGUAAGGAGAGACAGACCCAGGCUUAGCAUGGGGAGAUUUACCAUAGCUAGUUGGAAUGUCUUGGCCUGGGGGCAGAAGUAUUCAGAAAUUCACACCUGCCAUUCAUAAUCUAUGAAGUUAUACGAAGGCAGUCAUAGUGGCAGAAGAGGAAGCCAAAUAAGCAAGGCAAUUUAGGGUGCGAUUGUUAUUUUCUUUUUUCUGAAGUGGGUAACAAAAGCGAAGUCCCAUCCUUACAAUACAAAGGUUAUUGUAUUUAUCAGAGGUGUCCAGAAAUUGUGGUCACAAGAAUAAAAAUGCUACAACAGUGCACAUUAAAAAAAAAAAAAAAGAUGGCGCUUCAGUUGUCACAGCCAUCUUGAUUUUUGUGACCGUGCCUGAGGACACAUCUGGUAUUUGCUAUGACAUCAUCCUUUGGGUGACGUCUUAUUCAUUCCACAAGCAGCAUGAACCCAUGAGCUGAGCUAAUAGCACCCAUACAUCCACAGUUGAAGGCGCUGCAGUUCACAAAUGUUUCUGCCAUUGUAAAUAUGACCAUCUUUAAGAGGCCACAGGACUUCACCAUUUUUACUCAGUAAAAAACAAGGCAUGGAAAAGCUACAGGGGAUUAAUUUAAUUUUGCUACAUAAGGAAGUUACAGAGUUGAUAUGUUUAUUGUUCCUGCUGGGUUCUGGUCACUUCAUAGCCAUAGAGCUCUGCAUAACUCAGAAAUUUGCAUGUUCCAUCAAUAGAAAAUUAUGAAACAUAAAGAUAGUUGCUUAGCUAUUUUGUAUCUCUUAUUAUCUGUUGUAAACAAUACGUGGGCAUGACCCUGUAAGCAUGUACUGUACUACUUACUUACUAUCUGUUCACAUCAAAGGGAAAAUUCUGCAAAUUCUUAGAUUUUUGCAGAAUAAUAAACAAGGAACUAAGGAAUGAUAACACUUCAUUGCCUUGUUUCUUUGAAGUUAGAUCGAACAAAAUAGCACUCCUAUUCAUCAACUAAAUUUUGGUAUUCUGUAGUGGCAAAUAUAAACCUUUUUUCAAGCCAAGAUUAUUUCAGCAGCUUUUCAUGCUACUGAUUUUUUAAAAAGUGCCAAAAUCAUUUCCUAUUGUCUAAUCCUUUUCACUCUCAUUUAAAACAUCUCCCAUUUUUCCAAUUCCCCAUAUGAAUUAUUUUUAAGAAGGCAGGUGAUAAUCUACCAGUUUGCUUUUACAUUAUUUCUAAAGGAGGAGGAGGAAGUAGGUUUAUUUUUAGAGAAGCCGUAGAUGGCAAACACUAGAAUCCAAAUAUUGCAGAGUGAGAGAGAAGAAAGCAAGAAAAAGAAUUCUAACACAGAGAUAUUCUCAGUUAAUAGAUAAGUGCUCCAUGAUUGUCUCAUGUUUCUUCUUCUGGGGCCUUGCUGAACCCUUGAGGGCUAACUUCGUACUUGUUACACCAUUUUAUUUGUUAACAUACACAGUAAUAUAAUAGGAGAUCAUGAAACAUUUUUCCAGGACGUUAUUGUUCAGCAUCUAACAUUUCCCAAAUAAUCAUGUUGUUUGGAAAAGAAAAUCAGAUGCCACAUAAGAAAACUCAUGCUUCUUUCACAUCAACUGGGGCUUAUUUCAAAACCCCACACCAAACCUGUUAAAAUGGCAGCCAACACAAUUAUGAAUGCUUUGUCCUGCUGGUGCUAAACUCCAUAACUUCUGUCUUAUGAAUUUGCACCUAUCCAAGUGGGAAGCUUUCUUCUCUCUCUCUCUCUCUCUCUCUCUCUCUCUUUCUCUCCUUGCCAGCCCCAUUCCUCAUUAUUUCCCAGGCAUUGUUCAUUUUGCAGCCCCAAGGGAACUCUUGAUUUUCAAAGAGAAGUUUAAUUUGCAAUAUUGGGCCAUUUUCCUAGGGACAAAUUACUGAGAGGAAAAGAAGGCACCGGCAUAAACAGGAAAAAAAAGCUAUCACUUUCUCAACAGUUUCUACCCCUGAAUAAGAUACAUACUGCUGCUGCAUUUGCAGCAUAAAAAGAUUGCAAGGGAAAAACCAGCUAGCAAAACCAAGGCCUUAUGCACUGCACUUCUUGUACACAGGUUCUUCAUAUAUAAAAGAUGAAACAUUGAAAGGAAACUGUGAGAGUGCAAAGGGCUUUUAUUUAUAGAGGAAGAAAAAAAAGAAAAUAAUAAUAAUAAUAAUAAACCAGGAAUGGUUGCAUUUCAAAAUUUAACUCCGAAAGCACAAAACAGUAGUUUCCCAACCAAAUUAGUUAUGCGAAAUGGCCGUAUUCAAAGGUGUAACAAGUUCAUCUUUCUUUCACCAUAGGGGUUAUUUCUCAGCUUGUGCUACUCUUUGGCUCAUGUUGCUGUUUCUGUUUCUAUUAACUUAAGUGCUAAUUAACAAAAAAAAAAAAAUUAAGUAAUUUCAUUGUUUUUUCUGAAUAAUGUCAUAUCCUGUGUACCAGGUUUUGGGGAGGGGGGGGAGGACGUUGUGCUGUGAGAAAUUGUUGUUUGUCAACUAAUGACAACUUUUUUAAGUUGAGAGCAUCAAAAACUCAGGAAAUGAUCCAUUCCUACCACAGAUGUGGCAUUCAUGCUCAGGGAAUUCUUCGGGCUCGGCAGAGCUCAGUGUUGCUCAUGGAAAUUAUUCUUGACCCCCUAUGAAUUAAGAGAGGAGGGUCUUCCUGUGACAGCCAGGCCCUUCAGCAUCUUGACAAGUUCUGCAUUCCUAUGCAGAAGGUAAAAGCAGAUUUUUCUUCAACCCCCUUAUGAAUUCUCAGUGUAUGGGAGCUGAGCCUGUGAUACAAAUGGAUUAUAACCUAGGUUUUUGCUUCUUUCUAUUUUUAUUUUGUCUAAGAAAAGCCAAAGUUACUGCAAUGUAGUGAGAAACUGUAAGACCAUUUUGAGUAUUGUUUCUGUUUUGUCGAUGCAUUUGGAUUUUGCUGUUUGAUGGAAUUUGAGCCAAAAGCAAAAUGGAAAACGAAAUGAGGAAAAUAAAACAAACCAACCAAGUAACCAACCACAGGCUUUCCUGCUUAUAAAACUUGAUUGUACGCACGCAUUUUGUACCAGUGGAAAUUUUUUAUACUGGAGAUUUAAACAAAAAUGGGGGGAAAAAAUAUGGCGGCUUACUCUUGGGAGCCCCCCUGAUCAUAACUGUUUUUCAAGUUUGAUUUCCAGUUGACUGAAAGAAAGUUGGCUUAGUUUAGAAAAUUUAAAACAAACUUUGGCUUGGUUUUAUCCUUUCCAUUUGCUUAUAUUUAGUGUUUAGGAUUUUGUGUUUUAAAACACGCGGUAAGUUUCACUUUUUAUUCUGUAUUGUGCAGUUUCACAAUAUUAACAAAUUAGAAUUUAGGAGUACACAGUCACUUUAAGUGGAUAUAUGUAUUAGGGUUUUGUUUUUGUUUUUAAAAAAAGUAGGGUUUGCUUUUUUGCUGUUUAGAUCAAAAGGUUUUCCUGGUUCUUCUGUCUUCAUUGUGAACAUAACUGUGUAGUUGAAACAGUCAAACUUAUUUUUGUAACGUAUGUUAUUGUGUGAUGCAGUUUUUUGCUUCUGUCUCCAAUAUUAAACCAUUUUCCUAAUACUUGUCUCACUUUCUCUCUGUAUGUUGUACUGUUGGUAGUCAUUCCGUGUUGGUAAUACAUUUGCACACCUCACUGUUGCACGUCCCUGUUGAUUUUUUUUUCUAUUCGUUGUGUACAAAAGAUACAGUCGAUUCCACUAAGUGAACCUCUGAUUGGAGAAUGAAUGCAGAUUUGCUGUAUUUACCCACCCACCCCCAUCUUCUUUGCCUCCUCUAUCCCCCGUUGCCUUUGAUUGUAAUUAUUAGGGUGAAGUCACACUGAAGAUGCCUCUAAAAAGAUAUGUGUGCGUGUGUGUUUGUGUGUGUGUGUGUGUGAGAGAGAGAGAGAGAGAAUGAGAGAGAGAGAACCUACAUACAGAGAAAGAAACAAAGUCGCCAAGUUUUCUCUAGUGACUAAAAAGGGAUAUACUUCUCCUCUGUAGGAUCACAUUAAGUUUACUAUUAAAAUAUUUUCUUCAUGGGAGAAGAAAAACUUUUUCAUGUUUCAGAAUUAUUCAGCAAAACUCUGGCAUCAUAACUAAUUUGCCAGUUUUCAGAAGUGUAAAAUUUUUAAACACAGGUAGAAGACCCUAAGUUAAAAUCUACCAGGCUUAUUAUAGACAUCUUUUUUUAAAAAAAUUGAGAGUUCAAGGAGAACAUUGAAUUUAUUAAAACUACCCAAAAUUAAAAAAAAUAAGUAAUCAGGAAAGGUGCUAAACUGAGCUAUUUUGAAUUUAGCAUGCAAGGUAGCUCUUUUUCAGGGCGGGUAAUCAAACCACAUGGAUCUCCUAGGAGAGCGGCAACUACUUCAGUCUUAAAUUCCCCUUAAGAGCAGGUGAUGAUGCUCUUUUUAAAAAUUCCAUAUAUAUAUAUACACACACCCCCGUGAUGCUGUUUUGAUUUUUUCUCAGUGCAACGCUCUUAUAGAAAACCAACUACUGACUGUAACUGGCUUUCUGUAAUUUCUCUUCAUUUGAUUCAUCAGACACUCAAAUCUAUCAGGUAGGAAAGGGAACUUUCUAGAAAGAGGAACUUCUCUCCCUUGCAUGGGACUCAAGCCAUAAAAUUAUCCUUUUCCCCAAACUCAGGAAUUUAAGACCACUUAAAAGUGCUCUUACGCGAUUUUCCUUGUGAUGUUUAUGUCCCCUAUUAGUAUUUUGGUUUUGACGUGGUUGAGUGGGCUGUGCUCAAUCUCGUGCUUCUGCCAACUCAGUUUGAGGGAAGCACGUAUAUAACCUAAUUUGCCUGUCUUCUGCUUUACAGAGCCCGGUUUACAAGUUUCUGGGCUUGUAGAUUUCAGAAGCAAAUUUGCAACUGCCUGCAACGUGGCUUCCUCGGUGCCUGCCCCCUAAAAUCCCAACCUCUCUUUCUGUUUUCCGAUUACCUCAACAGUUUAGCUGCACAAUAGGACCAUAACUGAUGAGGUAACAGGGUGCCUGUGAUGUCACAAAAAAAAUAAAUAAAAUUCUCUUGAAACCAUUGGAAAGAUGGUACCAUCUUCCCAGGAGAUAAUAGGAGCCUUAAUUGUGACACAUGAUGACAAUCACUUAUUUCAGUGUAAAAAAAUGCAAGCUUUAAAAAAAAUGGAAUCAAAGCUUAUCUGGAUAUACAUUUUCAACUGACUAAUUGUAGGACCAUUUUUAAAAAAACAGCAUGAUUGAAAUCAAUGUGGUUUAAGUAGAAGCCCAUCUCCCCAAGGGGAACCUGGGUGCAAUUCCCAUUUCAGUGGCUCAGUUCCCAUGGUCAUGCCAUUUAUUUCUUUCAGAUGCACAUCAAUGGUUGUGAAAUAUACCUCUCUGUCAACCAGUUUAGACCCUGAAUUAGCCUAGCAUUAAAAAUUAUUCAAAUCAGGGUUUUUUUUUUGUACAUUCAGUGGUGAAGCAGAAAAUGGCAAGUAAGAAUUCUCAGCGAAGUUAGGAGCCUCUUCUUUCAUUCAGAUACAUAAAAACUUCAUUGGCUGCCAAAUAGCAUUUAAGUCUAUAUAUUUACGCUAUAAUUGUAUACCUCAUCUUUGUCAUUCCAGGAUAAAGAUUCUGAAAAAAAAGAAAGAAAUAGAUUAUCUCUGAGCUAGUUGGACAAACCGGCGCUGAAAAAUCAUAGAUGUGAAAAGCAGACAGGAUAAAUAACAAACAUCUCUGGAUGAGAAGAAUUAGAAUUAGAAUUAGAAUUAGAAUUAGAAUAGAAUAGAAGAAUAGAAUAGAAUAGAAUAGAAUAGAAUAGAAUAGAAUAGAAUAGAAUAGAAUAGAAUAGAAUAGAAUAGAAUAGAAUAGAAUAGAAUUCUUUAUUGGCCAAGUGUGAUUGGACACACAAGGAAUUUGUCUUUGGUGCAUAGGCUCUCAGUGUUGCAAUGUGAAAAAUUGCAGGACAAACAAGCCAGCUUCCAUAAUUGACAUCUUCCAAUAGUUCUGAAACUACAUCCCCCAUAUGUCUCAGCGAGGGAUUUGGAAAUUCUGUGGGAUAUUGUUCCACCGUAUCUGAAGAGCAUCUGGUUAGGCAAGAUGGCUUAGUUGUCUACAAAAGACCUGUGAUCCAACAACCCGAAUGCAACACAGCCUCUGUGUGUUGAUGGCUUUUCUGUUGGUUGACAAUCUUGUUCUCCAGACCUAGACAACAUAGGACAUUUUCCUGAGCCCUGGUUAGGUUGGAGGCUGGGCUUCAAAUUAUGCAGGCCUAGUCUUUCAAAGUAGAGGUUAGAAGAACAUAUAAUAUUAGCAACUGUUUGCACCUAAAUGUAUGUGCCAGUACGAGAGAAACAGCACCCGUUUGAUCCUGCAGAUGACUAGAGGUGGGUUUGUCCUUAGUUGGAAGGUCAGCUGGGAAAAAACAACAACCAUCUGUGAAAUGACUUGGAGAAAAUGGAGGUGGGGGGAUCUGAAGCAUUCCUACGCAUCAGCCAUUUGCUUUUGGAUUCCAAAAUUUGAGGAAAUAAUGGAGCUGGUAAACUGCUGAGGAACUGGCAGGUCCGGGGCCUUCUUUCAGUUGUUUCUUAUAAGCCACACUUGGUGUGUCUCUGUAGCCACUUUUGGAGAUGGUCAUCUCCUUUUCUUGCUACUCCCUGUUGAGGAAUCCUCUUGAGAUGAUACUUUUUCUACCUUGAAUAGGAGCCCGUCUACGCAUAUCAACGCAUAGGCGCCUAUCCAUCCAUACCUUCAAAAUCCAGGUGUUAGUUUUUCAGUACGGCUACUCUAUGACAGGAAAACAAGGAAUGCUCUACCCUCCUCAAAGUUCCUCUGAGAACUGGAUAAUUCAGUCCCCCUACCCCCACCCCCCAAGGUCCUUACUUUCGUCAAGAAAUCAGCCAUUCCAUUCAUAGUAAUGGUACUAGAGGCUUACUGUAGACAGUGGUGUAUUUUCAUCAGUGCUUUCAAUCUGGUUAGAUGUCCUACAGGCUGCAGCCCAUAUGUGGGGUCAAGAAGGUGGCUGCCACUGUGUGAUCAAAGCCCCACUCCUUCUUUUGAAGGAAUCUCAUGUUUAAAAAAGAAAGAAAGAAAGAAACAGGCAGGAGCUUCAAAAGUCCAGUCAGGCCCACCGUUUUGACUCUUAUUCCUACCCUCACUCCCUGGUGCAAUGGGAAGCACCCAUUGUGACAUUGACAAGGACCAAAGCCAUGGCGUGUUUAGACCCACCCCUCCCCUCCCCGAAAUUAUGUAUAUCUGUUCUAGAGCAAUUAUUACUUUUUAAAAGAAAAAGGAAAAAUAAUCCCAAUCUGGCUGUCUCCAGGCAUUAGGCGAUCCAAGCCAAAAAGGUGUACUGUGUUUCAUUCCUGAUAAGUGAAUAAAGCAUUGUGAUCAAACAAUCAGGUUAUUCACUUAUCAGGAAUCGACUGUACUGCUGGUUCGUUUCGUCCUUCAUCUCCUGUUGUAAUUUCACUAUUUUGCUGUGUCCUGUUUGUUUCUCCUCCUCUCUUCUUCUUUUUUUUCUUCUUCUUCCUCUUCUUCCUUUUCCUUCUCCUCUUUCUCCCCCUCUUCCUCUUCCUCCUUCUCCUCCUCUUCCCCCUUCUCAAUUUCUUCUUUGGCCCUUUUCUUCUCUCUGUAAACCCCCCCCCCUUUUUUUUUUUCCUCUGUCCUCUCUUUUUCUCAAAUGCUCUAGCACAAUCACUGGAACUCCCAUCUUUUGAUCAUGAAACAUGCUCUAAAAGUGGGGAACAACCAUGUUAACAAAAUCUAUGCACUUGCUAUCAGGAACUAAAAUAUUGGGUGUGUGUUAUAUCUGCUAAGUACGUGAUUUCUUAAAUGAAGCUAGUGAAAGGGUUCUGUCUGUCUGUAAAAAAAAAAAAACCUGAUGAUGGGUUAAAAGAGUUUUUAGGGGUUGUGCUUUAUUUUUGUUAAAAACUGAAAAGGGGAUGCAAAAAGAUCUUUAAAAAAAAAAGUUCUGCCAUGCCAAAUAUUUGUUUGUUUGUUUUGAUUUCCUUUGUUUGCGUGUUUAUUUGUGUGUUUAUUUAUUUAUUUAUUUUAAUUAUUUAUUUUUGUACGGUACGUUUUAAUCUAUUCCGUGGAACUGGGGUGAGCACGGCCUUUACAAGAGAGGAGUAGGGUACAUUUCUGAGGGCACAAGCAACAAUUUCUUGAAAGCCAAGAUUGUUUAAUUAAAACCUGUUCCUUUUACAAUGUAAAGGCUAUAUUAAGUAGAAAGAUUAUUUUUCUUACUAAAUAUGAAGCCAUUUUUUUGGACACCAGAGAACAGUUAAAAGUGUCUGAUGUUUGCCAUAUACCAUAAUAAACUUAUUAUGUGUCUGAA